GUUUGGUGGUUGGUUGUGCCGGCAGCUGAAGUAGUGUGAUUUUGUGCUUCGCGAAUAACUUUCGUAGUUGAAGCGACUUGGUUCUACAUGCAUUUGGUAAGACUCAGGAAAGUGAAGGCGACAUAACCGAUCCCCUUUGCGUUGGAGGACACUCAACAUGGAAGAGGUAACGAUGAACGAGCUUAAAAUAGUACUGGACGUACAACGUAUCAUUUUGGCAUGUAAAAGAAAUGAUAUUAAGUUCCUGCAACACCUGGAACGAUCUGACACAUUGCAGCACUGUGAACCGACCGAGAUUGACGAGGAGAGUCACAAUGCGUUUUACUAUGCCAUACGUUCUGGAAAUGUUGAGCUGCUUAAAACACUGAUUGACAAGUGGCCAAGCCAUGAUUUUAGCAAACCGGACCGUGCACAACUGCUGGACAAUCUCCUUUCAGAUGCAUAUGAAGAAUUGAAAUUGAAGAACAUGUCGCUCGGCGGAAAAAUCGAGGAAUUUGUGGAGGAAAGGCUUAUUCACCUACGUUUCUAUUCUGAAAAAUUUGGCAACGAUUCUGAUAACGAUGAUAUUAAUGACCGAAUAAACAUGGUCAUCGAAGAUUUGGAUCGAUUGAACCAGGAAUACUCUCCGAAGAACGUGGAAGUUGAUGACAAAUUUCUGUUCCUGUGCAGGAUUAUGGCACAAAAUCUCCAUGUUUUGAAAGGGCGGCUAAAAUCAACGUACAACGUGCUGCCUUGGGAAGAGAUGGAAUUUUGUUUGUGUGCUUUUGUGUCGUCUCAUACCAAACAACAGGAAAUCAAUUUUUUCUACAAUGCGGUCCUGGACAAGACAAGAUUAUUAAAACAUACGAAAAUUUUCCUACGAGUCAUAGAAAAUAUGAGACCACUCACAGGUCAUGCUAAAUGCAUAAGUAAAACUGGUCGAAAACGCGUUGAAAACAUCAAAGAUAUCCUAGAUAUAAAUCAGGACUUCGAAGGACUCUAUUCAGAUUACGCUCAAAUAAAAGAUAUGUACUCAUUAGACCGAAUCAAGUACUAUGUUGAACUAGCUCUAACCGAUGUAGAGAACGAUAACUUGCACUGUCUUGCUGCCGAAAGAGCUCUGCAUGUUAUGGGUGAAUACUUGAAAAACACUCCGUUAUCUCCACAUUUAUCGGAGAUAGUAAGUGACAUGUUGCUUGUUAGUUUCCAUAGGCAUCAGAGAAAAACUAUGAUCGAAUUACGUGAUCAUUUGUCACAUGCAAUAGUAGAUAAUAAUUAUAUAUACGAAAAACGCGCGGAAGCUCGUCGGUUGAAACUGAAUUUUAGAGAGGGAUUGAAGCAACUGGCUAAUGUCAUCCAAGAUGUCAUGCUCGAUAGAAAACAACAAAUGCUAAUUAUGGCACAUAAACAACUAACCAAUAAUCAGCAGUCUGUAUCAAAACAAGCCAAACUAGUUCGAAUAUUAAAGAACGCAGAUUUGGAGUAUUUUGAUUUACAACGGUAUAGCUCAAAAAUAGAUACUCUAACUGAAGACUUCAUAUCUAGCGUACAUUUUUACGUGCCAGAUUUAACGCAUUAUGAGAAAGGUUUAGUGGUCAAGAUACAAGAAACUCUUGAAUUGGCAAGAAAAAGUGUUUCUAAUACUCCCACAAGAUACGUUUCCUCAUUAAAGUGUUUAAUGAAGCGUUUUAAUUCUUUUCCGGUUUUGCAUGUAAAAGAUUUGGUCACAAAAAUCGGUAUAUAUGCAAAAUUAUUUGAUUCAGGUGAUCUGUAUGUCGAUAUAGAUAAACUGGUCUGGAGUAUUGAAUCGAAACUUUCGUUAUCCGCACGAAAUGAAAUAUUUGAAAUUUACGAGAAGCUUUUUAAUAUCGCAAAACUAAAAAAUAAUAAAAUUGACUGUAUUGAGAAAUAUAGGUAUUCACUCAAACCAAAAACUAAUCGAACUUGCCUCGACGAUACCAUAAAUUCUCUUUUCGAUCAGAUCAAGGAGACAGCAUGCUUUGGUGAUAAAGAGAAACUACAAUUUACGAAACAUAUAGAAAAGUUAAAGUGUGAUUGCGAGAAACGUGCUGAUAAUCGUUCAACGUAUGGAGAGUUUCUAAAAAAAGCGCAGAAAUAUCUCGACUUGGCAGAUUUGAAAUCAUUUUAUGAAAGUGUUACGAAGUUAUUUUCGAAAAUGAAGGAACCCAUACCGAAAAAGAUUGAAAGGGUUGUGAAUGAUAUUAGGAAAGAAAAAGAAUUGAAGUACACACAACAUUUUCAUGAACGAUUAGAAAUGUUGCAAAAUUUAGUUUCAACAAAUUGUACCCAUACAGAAAAAAUUAGGAAUUCUGCUCUCGAAACUUUAUUGCUUGACAUUUUUGCAUACUUGGAGGAAAAAUUAACACUUUUAGAUGCAGGUGCACGAAGUACCGCAUCAUGCUUAGACAAGAAUGUUCCAAUCCUGACUGGAAAGCAGAUGCGCAAUUUUUUGGCACAUGGUAAUGCCUUACCACGCAUUGUAUCUUCCAACCCAUUAAUAGCAGUUAUUUGCAAUGUUCGAGAGAUACUUCAAAAUAAAAGCACCUUACUAGAAAGUUGCGAUUGCAAGAAAAUUGCCCAGCCUAAUUCGUCGUUCAAAGAAUGGAAGCAGAGUGUUCGCAAUAAAGUUGAGUCAAUAACCAAUCAACAACAGAUGUUUGCAGCUGCAGAAGAAAACAUUAUUGAAAAUGUGCUUAAAUAUAUACAAAUCGGAGCAGAUAAAAGCGCAAAAGAUUUUAAUCAUUGUAACAUUCUGCACUAUGCUGCCAGAGGUGAUAGUAUAAACAUAUUUGAAUAUUUUCACAAUAAAGACUUGCUUGAGUUCAAAAACCAUGAAGGUAACCAACCAAUACACAUUGCGGCUGAAUGUGGCAGUUUGAAAGUUAUAGAGUUUUUUAUGCGGGAAACCACAGCAGGAAAAUAUAAUUUAAUCAAUGCCAAACAAAAAAAUGAUUUCACACCAUUGCACUUUGCUGCACGAAAGGGUCACAUCGAAGUGGUUAACGCUUUACUAACUAAAGGUGCUAAAGUUGAUGCUAUUGACAAUGAAAGUUGGACACCAUUGCACUUCGCAGCGGUGAAUGGUCACACAGAAGUGGUUGGCACUUUACUGAGCAUAGGUGUCCCAAUCGAUGCUACAACUAAUGGGGGUUUUACGUCAUUGCACAUUGCAGCAGAAAAUGGCGUCACUGAAGUGGUUAACACUUUAUUGACCGAAGGUGCUAAAGUCGAUGCUACGCAAAUUGAUAGUUGGACACCAUUGCACAUUGCAGCGCUAAAUGGUCACACAGCAGUGGUUCAGACUUUACUGGUUAAAGGUGCCAAAGUUGAUGUAAUAGAAAUUGACAGUUGGACACCACUGCACUUUGCAGCACAAAAUGGUCACACCGAAGUAGUUAACAUUUUACUGACUUAUUGCGCCUCCAUCGAUGCUACAACUAAUAAGGGCUCUAUGCCAUUGCAUAUUGCAACACAAAAUGGCCACACCGAAACAGUUCACAUUUUACUGAGUAAAGGCGUUAAAGUCGAUGCAACGGAUACAGACCGUGUAACACCAUUGCACUUUGCAGCAAAUAAUGGUCACACCGAAAUAGUUAAAAUUUUACUGGCUAAUUGUGCCCCUAUCAAUGCUACAACUAAUGAGGGCUCUACGCCAUUGCACUUUGCUGCAAGAAAUGGUUGCAUCGAAGUGGUUAACACUUUAAUGACUAAAGGUGCUAAAGUCGAUGCAACGGAUGCAGAAAAUGUGACACCGUUGCACUUUGCAGCGAAUAAUGGUCACACGGAAAUAGUUAACAUAUUACUAACUAAAGGUGCUCAAGUCGACGCUAUAAUUGAUAAAGGUUUUUCGACAUUACACAUUGCAGCACAAAAUGGUCACACCAAAGUGGUUCAAACUUUAUUGACCAACGGUGCUACAAUCCAUGCUACAACUGCUAAAGGUUUUUCGAUAUUACACAUUGCAGCAGAAAAUGGUCACACCGAAAUGGUUAACAUUUUACUGGCCAAAGGUGCUAAAGUCGAUGCAACGGAUAUAGGCAGUGUGACACCAUUGCACAUUGCAGCACAAAAUGGCCACCCCGAAGUAGUGAACAUUUUACUGACUAAUUGUGCCUCCAUCGAUGCUACAACUAUUGAGGGCUUUACGGCAUUGCACUUUGCAGCAAAAAAUGGGCACACCGAAGUGGUUAACACUUUACUGACUAAAGGUGCUAAAGUCGAUGCUACAACUGAUAAGGGUUUUUCAACAUUACACAUUGCAGCAGAAAAUGGUCACACCGAAAUGGUUGGCAUUUUGCUGAACAAAGGUGCUAAAGUCAAUGCAACGGAUAUAGACAGUGUGACACCAUUGCACUUUGCUGCACAAAAUGGCCAUACCGAAGUAGUUAACAUUUUACUGAUCAAUUGUGCCUCCAUCGAUGCUACUACUGCUAAUGAAGGCACUGCGCCAUUGCACAUUGCAGUAAAAACAGGUCACACCGAAGUGGUUCACACUUUACUGACUAACGGUGCUAAAGUCGAUGCAACGAAUAUAGACAGUGCAACACCAUUGCACUUUGCAGCAAACUAUGGUUACAUCGAAGUAGUUAACAUUUUACUGACUAAAGGUGCUAAAGUCGAUGCAACGGAUAUAGCCAAUGUGACACCAUUGCACAUUGCAGCACAAAAAGGUCAAACCGAAGUGGUUUACACUUUGCUGACAAAAGGUGCUAAAGUCGAUGCAACGAAUAAAGACAAUGUGACACCAUUGCACUUCGCAGCACAAAAUGGCCACACCGAAGUAGUCAACAUUUUACUGACUUAUUGUGCCUCCAUUGAUGCUACAACUAAUAUGGGCUCUAUGCCAUUGCACAUUGCAGCACAAAAUGGCCACACCGAAGUAGUCAACAUUUUACUGAGGAAAAGUGCUAAAGUUGACGCAACGGAUAUAGAUAGUGUGACACCAUUGCAUUAUGCAGCACAAAAUGGGCACACCGAAAUAGUUAACAUGUUACUAACAAAUGGUGCCAAAGUCGAUGCAACGGAUAUAGACAAUUGGACACCAUUGCACAUUGCAACACAAAAUGGGCACUCCGAAGUAGUUAACAUUUUACUGACUAAUGGUGCCUGCAUCGAUGCUACAACUAAUGACGGCUCAACGCCAUUGAACUUAGCAGCACAAAAUGGCCACACCGAACUGGUUAACAUAUUAUUGACUAAAUAUACUUAAAAACUGAAUAGUGAUAAUCAGAAUAGUCGUGUGACUUCAUACACUGUUGGGAACAUUUGUUGAAUGUCAAUGCGUAUAGCUUUCUGCAUGUUACUAUUUUUACGGGUUGUUCCACUUUUAACCCAAUUGAGUAGCUGGGGGAGAGGGCUGGGUUGUAAACUACCUGGCAAAUCCUGACAAAAUUCGUAAAAAAUGAUUUCAAACGCUGAUAGUUAUAUGGAAAGUGAAAAGUAUUUACAAGGCUUUAAGAGGCAAACCGAGUUGAGUACAAACUGUGAAAGGAAUUGAAUAAUGCCAAUACUUAGGAUUAACGAUGGUAAUUAAUGAGGCGUGAUCAUAUCUAAUCCAUAUUUUCGGGCAGAGGCUGGUAUGGUGUUUUUCAUCAGCAAAUUAUCUUUAAUGGCAUCCAAUAGCAAAUUAAAGUACAUUUCAUUGAAUGCAUCAGCCAUUUUGGUGUUGUAGAGGUAUUUAGUACAGCCCCAUGAAAACUGUUUGUUGCCUGCAGCUACCACCAAAUGCCAGUAGCGCUAGCUACGUUCCAAAUAUUUAAAGUCUGUUCACAUGAACUGUACAUCUCUGUUUGAAAGUGGGAUUCAGAAUAACUAAAUAUUAACAACAUAUGAGAAAGCACGCUUUUUCUUGCAUUGCUUCUUCUCUAUAAAAUCCGUACGUUUUUAUCGCGUCAAUACCGGUUAAGCACAUCAAAAUGAAGUUUGUUUGCUUUGGACAAGUUUCAGGUCGUGUUAACAACAUUGGCUCGUAGCAAUGUGAAUGUUGCUUAAAGCGCGUUCGCUGUCAUUUUUGGCAACUAUCCGAGCCAGGAAGCCAGCUUAUGUUGGCUUCACUCAUUUUUCAAAGAAACGCCAAAACAUUCACCCUCUUGAUUUAGUAAGGUUACCAUAAGUUAGCACCAGCCAGAUACAAAAAAAUCUAAAAGAGUUGACGUGUGACACGAAUUGUGUGUGCUAAUCAGUGAAGUUCGGAAAGUCUUCGCGAGGUUGAAAUUUUUUUGGCUGGCCAGCUAAUGUGGAAUAUAAGCGCAAUCCUUUCAUUUUAGGAAGAAUAAUAGACGAAUCAAUGUGGCAUCUCAACUAAUGGAUAAAUAAAGGCUUAUCUACCCUAUGUGCCCUUCAUGCUCGAUUUUUUAAUCACAAAUUGGAGAAAAAACGCACAUUUGAUUAAAUAUGACAGUUUAAGUACAAAUGAAAUAUAAACACCGAUGGUUCAUAACCCAGCCAUAAAGCAAUUGAAAAAACGUCAAAAACAACAACACUUACAAUCUCAACACGACAUAAACAAAUAUAGGUAUGCAUAACACUCACAUUUUCGGGACAAAUCCAGCCAUUUGGAUAUCACUUUACAAACAAUCAAAAAACUUUUCGUGAUCAAUUGUCAGUACGACGUCUGCAGCUGACAACUGCAGACGUCGUACUGUACAACUGUACGCUUCUGUGUUAGGACAACAACUGGCUAGUGGUUAAAUACAAACUCACACAAAGCGAUACAUUGAGGAGUUACUAGAACAAAUUGCUGGCCAAUAACCAACUUUUUUUUUGAAUUUUCAUUUAGUUAUAUUUUUUACAUACCUAAAAGAAUACUAUAUAAUAUGGCAAAAUAAGGAGUAUGUCGAAAAUCGGACAUCAUCAGCAAGGUAGCAACUGCACAAAACAUGAACAGUCUUUCCCGUCAUGAACGAAUCAUACGGCUUGGGUCUACGAAUCCGAAUCGAGGGUCUGGAUCCAAGUCUGUGCCUGGUUUAGAUCGUGACCUGGUAAGGGGAAAAGGGGAUAUGCUAGAUCCGGGAACCGGUCCGGAUCCGGGAACAGGUCUGGAUCCGGGACAUGGUCUAGUUCUAAACUGAACAUGUUCGGAUCCAUGGACUGGUACAAAGCACCACAUCGAUUUUAAAAUUUUUAUGUCCUAUCCAACCUGCGAAAAAAUCCGCAAUUCGGAAUUCUGGCAGAAAUCCGCCAGAGUACCGGUUAGAUUGACUCGAUACUAAUACUAUCAUAGAAAUCGACCGACUUAUCCUACAUACGAACAGAGCCGAGGUUGACAUAUACUGCAAAAGUGUUUGGUUGUGUGAUGCACAUACGUGAACAGCUACCAAUAUUCGUCAUUCUACCGUUCAUUACCUUUGCGGUAAUCAGGCAUGGGAAAAUUCACUCAUUCGUUUGAUUGCAUCUGAUAGCCAUUCAUCCUUGGUUCAGCCGCACACAAUCAUCAUAGUGAGCAUGGAGCAACGAACCAUGAGAGAAUGCGAUGAAUCCUCUCUCCACCACCAUGUUUGUGCACUCCGAACGGUCAGCGAACGCACUAUGUAAGUGAGUGGUUAAAAAAAUACUUGAAACGAACCGAACGUCAGCAAACAGGCAGGACUUCAAUUCUGGAUGAAUCAAAAUUCGCUCACUCAUCGAAUGCAUUUGUUGACUCAUUCAGAGGGUUCCUUGUAUGUAAUUCCAAUAAUAAGUAUGAGGCGCUAUAUAGGGUGAAGUGCCUAUUUUCACCAUACUAAGCAGGGGGUCUCACUAUUUCAUAAAUUUCUUGUCCUACAAUCAAUGGAAUGCGUGAAAAUUGACAUCAACAGCUUUGCUUCGUUGUUAAGAACCAAGAUAAUUACACAAAUGCGCUGAAAACAGUGAAAUACUCGUGUUUGAGCUCAACGAAAACUCGAAUCGAGUGCCCCUAUUGUUGUGCUACCAUUUGACUCAAUGUGUUGAACAAAGAUGGCAGAUUCUGCUCUAACCAACGGCUUCAAAUGGGUGGCGCGAUAAUAGAAACAUGGCGAAAAUGGGCUCGUCACCCUAUAUCGUUUACGCAGAGCUGUAGGAAUUAGAUUUUUCUUUAAACUUCUUGUUCGGCUCGGAAGCAUUUUGGUGAUUAUAAGCCGGGAAAUUACAUGAAAAUAUAGCACAGUUUGAAUACUGUGUCUGUGACAUAUGACUUCUAUAAUAAUCAUUGCUUCAUAGGCAAGGACUCGACGUCGCUUUUGGGAAUGAUUUGAGACAGUAUCGUCGCAUUCGGAAAGCGAUAGAAAUUGUUAAAUUUAAAAUUAAUUCUUUUGAAAGGCUAACGCGAUGUUUAUAUAAACAAAUGCAUUAUACCGCUACGGAGCGUAAUUUCCUCACCCUUCGUAGUAGCAAUCGCACAGCUGUUUAUUAUAGUAAAUUAAGAGUAAAAACGAAAUUAAAGUUUGUUUUGCUAUUGUUAAGAUUAUAUUGAUUUGUAGACAGAGCUGCGCUAAAUAAAUUUAAGUGUUGGAUACGUUGUACAUAAAAACGUAUUGACUCCAAAAAUACGUCUGUUGGACUUUUUUUUUCAUAACUAGUUCGUAGAGAUAAUGACGGAUAUCAAUAUUUUUGUAAUUAUCUAUGUUUUUGGAACGAGUUUGACGAGUUGGUUUUGAAAUACCGUCAUCGGUGAUUACUUUACGCCAAAAAUAGAACGUUUUGUACAUUACACUCAAGAACUACGAUCACGCAACUUCAAAUUUGAAACUGUUCGAUGUUUUACAUAUGGCACAAGUACCUCCAAAGUCAUUGAAAAGAACUUUUGGAAAAUCAAGAUUGAACGUGAAAUCUAAAGAGCUAAAAUUGGCGUAAAGUCACCCCCAAGGGGGCUACUGUGCGCCAAAAUUUUUUUUCACAAAAUCAUGUUAACUCCUUGAUUUAUUGUGAUAGAUUAUGCUCGUUAUUUAUGUGUGAAAGCAAAUGAAUGUAGCGCUCGUAAAAAUGAAAGGGUGUGUUCAAAAACUGCGUACCACGCAUCCAAUAACCUUGUUUUGGAGAGUCGAUAAGUCCUACAAUGAAAAAAGCAAGCCGAGAAAAGAAGCUCUACAUGAUAUACUUGAUAUUGAUGAUAUUGAGCCUUAAGAAUUAGACCACCUUGUUCUAGUAUUUUUCUAAAAGUAGUUUUAAUUGUGUUACGGAGUGCAAAGGCUUUUCCAACAGAAACGUUUUAAUGGUCAGGUCAGUUCAUCCAUCUUUUAUGGCAUAUCCAUUUAUAAUACGACGAAUUUCGCGCCAACUUGAACAAAUGUUGGGAACACCCUCUCAGAUUUUAAUGAAACUUUCUGUACAUGAGAAAUUUGUCACAAAAAGCCACUUUGCAUACUUUGUUUUUCCAAAAAUGAUCCAGACAAGCUUUUGAGAAGGUCAAACUUUUUUAACCAAUUUUUUUUUCAAAUGGCUAUUGUCUAAAAAUGAUAAAUCCUACAAAAAAAUGUUGUAGGAGUUAUUUUCGCAAAAUUAGUCAUGAGUUGGGCACUUUCAAGAAAAAAAGUUAUUUGAAACAAACUUUUCCUUGUCCAAACUGAUUUUUAGUGUAUUUUUAUCGAAAAUUAAACCAAUGAAAGUCAUAAUCAUCUCAGAAUCCAAUAAAACUCAGUUUGUCAAAAGAUAUUGUCCAAUUUAGCAAUUAAGGGUGUUUAUACGCGAUUAAAGAGUUUUUAAACUAUAUGGGGUUGGCUCGAUCGGUAGUUACCGAAGAAGCUGGUUUCAUUCCAGUAAACCACAUUCAGAAUUUAAGUUGGUUUCUGUCACAAUUUCGAAUCAAAUAAAACAACCGAUGGCGGCUCAUUGCUUUAUUUAAAACUGAUUGUGGCUGAUUUGUGGUGAUUUGACUAGGAUUUAAUAGUAUUUACAGGUAUGUUCCGUUGGGAUCAUUUUAGAUGUUUUGAUGCAUUUUUUUCAAAUUUACCCUUUGGUCGUUAUAACACCUCGUACACUAUUUUUGAACUUUAUAACCUUGAAUGUCAUGUGCGUCAUGAUAUCCUAAGCCAUUGUUUAAUAUUGUGGUUGUAGUUGAAAACUGGAAAAUCGAACCAGACACAAUCGUAUUUUCUUUUGUUUUUAGCAAUGGAACACACUACUCCCGACGUCGUGAAUUAGAAUUGAACAAAAGAGAAAAAAAAUAUCGCUGAUAGGAUUUUCCAGUUUUCAACUGUAACGAUAAUAUUUUAACUGCACAAAAGAUAGACAGAUUAAUGAAUAGGGGAAUCGGGGGCAAGUCCGACACCGUGGGUAAGCCCGACAGCUCAUAACUUUUCCCAGAUAUCAAAUUUUAAAUCAUACAAUAAUAACAGGAUAUGAUUAGUACGAUUAUUUUGAGUAUUUCGAGACACAUAUAUGCCAUAUAGAUUCAUCCAACGUCACAAAAUAAACAAAAUAUGCGAAAGCAAAGUUGAUGCGCACUUGGAUGUUAUUUUUAGUUGAAACAUUUUAAGGUUUUAACAGCACAAAAGUUUUGAAAAUUACCAGUAUUUUGCCACACAUUCUAAUCUAUUCUGCCGGAUUGUUGAUCAACAGAGUUCCGAAAAAUCAUAACAUGAACCGGAUAGCUCACUACAAAAGGGUAUGUCACUUCUAAGUGAAUGAAUCUUAGUAACAGGGGAUAUAUUCUUCUUGCAGAACGGAUCUUACUUCUUAGAAUGGCUUCACAAGCGGUAAUAAAGCUAGAAAAGAUUAAUGGGGAAAACCAAGUGUUGAACAUUAUUUAUUCACACCACACAUUCGUAUGCUUUUCCUCUUGCUACGCGAUGAUAUUCCAGAAAGCAUGCAUCUGCAUCACACAUACUCAUAUACACAUAAUUACACUUUAUCACACAUACAUUACACAUUUUUAAUGAAAAAAUUGGACAAAAAGAAAGCUAACAAGUAUGUCGCUCUUCCCACUUCGGGGUGUCGGUCUUACCCGCAGCGUUUUUAAAAUGUUAUUUUUUCUCCUUUUGGCAAACAAUAAUUUUUAAUGAAUCCAAUUUUUUGAAACAAUGAAAAAAAUAUAUCUUGUUAAGAACCAUCUAAACAAGGAUUAUGCACAGAAUAUACAAUUUUUGGAGCUUCAUGGUAAUUUGGAAAAAUGAUUGCGCUUAGGGUGUCGGACUUGCCCCCGGUUCCCCUACUGAAAUAGUAAAAAGUACUUCAACAUGAUACAGAAAAAAUAAAGUCAGUAACUUGUAGGAUAACGCCGUUAAACGAUAAGCUUGCGUAUGUAAAAAUUAAAAAUCCUGCAUCUUGAGCUAUUUUACCUUUGCACUUCUUCCCAUAUAUUACCUCUACAAAGGAUAGAGAACCGAUUGAACGAUUAAAUGAUUGGAUAUGAUGAUUGAAUCAAGAUUAGACUCAUCGAGGGGCUCGCAAACCAAAAUAAUAAUAUUCCAAUCUGAUUCACUCAAAUCCAAACAUCAUUCUUAGAAAAUAUUGAGAGAAUGAGAGGCUCUCCGACUUAGAAUGAACGGGAGUCAAUUGAGUGCCGCACAGCCGCUAUCGCUAAUGAGCUUUGCGACAAGCUCAGUGUAUACUUCCUGGCGUUUACUUCGUGAGACAAACACAACGGUUGGUAGCAUGAGAUGUAUCAGAAGAUGAAUACAGAUGAAUGAAUUUCGAAUGUAUUUUUCCCAUACCUGGCGGUAAUAUGGGCUUAAUACAAUUGCGUGGUUUGUUACCAAAAAGACCAUAGAAUCUUACCCAAAAGUAAUUGGCGAUUCCACGUUGAAAACGAUCACAGAUAGCGCUGGAAGUGUUGCUGAUUUUAUUUUGUUAUGUCAUAGUGCACAUAUUUUCUGUAAACAAAACAACUUUUAAAGAACAUAUCACUUUUAAAUUUGUUGAGAAUUGCUUACGAAAACGAGGAAAACUAUCCUUGUAUAAUUUGAUAGGUAAGGUUCUUACGAAAAGGGUGUAAAACAUAGCGGUUUCUAAAAUCAUUCGCAUUGCUAUAUGUGUGCGGUUUCGAAAAUUAAUUUGUUGAGCACCGUAGCCUCCGCAACAUCAUUUCCCGUUACUCCUAAGUCAAGCUAAACUUUCAUGAGAUGGUGUAUAUUCAUGAAACUACACGGAUCACACGAAAAAAUAAUAUAUUCGGCUAAUUGGAAAGUAUCAGCUUUGCAUCAUACACAACCGAUCCAUCUCUCUGAUAGGCUUAACAGAAUCUCCUACGUAGUCCAAAAUAUGAGGGAGCUUAACAUUGGUACUAAUUGGGUCUCCGUUUGCAGUUAAAACAUUAUUUAUGAAAAGUAUUUUUAUAACCACCAUAAUACCCCUAUUACAUUCCGAAGAAAUAUUUGAGCCAAAUAGUUUCAAAUGGCUGUCAUUUAAGAAUAAUUGCAAAUAAAACUAAAUUUCUUUCUCGUUUCAUUCAUAUUUUGGCACUGGUGGGCCUUUUCCGAGAAGAAAAUGAAGUUCUUGUUGCAAGCUACGACUCACUUGCGAGUGAAAAAAACAAACUGUACCACUUCACCAGUUUGUGAGCUGAAUCAUAAGUGUCGCGAGACUAAUUUUAGUUUUGCCGCUAAUCUCCAAUAGAAACGUACCCGUCGGAUUUUGGAUGUCCUUAGGCUAAGAAUAAUAAUAAAGAUGGAAAACAUCAUGGUUUAUCUCUUAAAUUGUUAAAAAUGGCCACAUGUAACUGCA